AUGAAGUCCAAGAGUAUCAUGGUCGCUUCAGCAGUGAUGGACCUUGCAUUUGCCCAAGCCUCUGCCGAAUCUCUUUGCUCAACCAUCAUCAAUCUUCAGCCCAUUGAAUAUCAGUUCCAGCAGCCUAUCCUCAUAGACUCUUACUUCCCUGCCAAUACUGACAUUGUCCUCGAUGAUGGCCAUGUUGUGCAUGUCACCAAUGCUCCCACGUCUCUGAGCACUGUCCUGACUGAUGUCUCGACAAGCUUGACUACGCUUACCAGUGCUACUAAUGGCAACGACAACGGCUCUCCUCCAGAUACAGGCUACCUUACCUUCACUGUUCCUGCGAGUCCUGAUGAUAUUGGCAACCAUCCUGUCACGAGAACCUACCCCCCGACUGAGCCAGGCCAGCCGGGUGUUGUGAUUAUCCAGGUCCCAACAUCUCCUCCUGGAGGUGAUGGGGUCCCAUCUUCUAUCCCGUAUGUCACGGUCACUACCACCGGGGACUUUCCUUCUCUUACCGGCCCUAACACUACCACUAUCACCCCUGAUAAGCCAGGAGCAACCGGCAGUGUCAUCAUUGAGGUCCCCAACACCAAGACACGUUCUCCUUCCACAUCUUAUGUCACCGUCACUACUCCAGGAGAUCUUUCUCCCACGGAUGACCCUCGCACAAGCACUAUCCCUCCUAGUAACCCUACUGAUCCUGGCACUGUUGUUGUUGUAGUGCCCAGCUCCGUGGCUUCAUCUGCCUCCUCCAUCCCAUUUGUCACUAUUACCACCACUGGCAGUACCCUUAACCCAACAGACGAUCCCAUCACGUCGACUGUUUCCCCAUCUGGGUCAACUGGUUCAGGAACUGUCAUCGUGGAGGUCCCCCCUUCCAGUUCUCCUGCUGGCCCCGGCUCAUCUUCCACUCCCGCCUCUUUUGUCACCCGCACUGUAACUGGAGACGAUGGCAAUGGUGAGCCCUCCACCACUACUAUCUCUCCCACCGCAAGCUCUGGCCCAGCGACCGUUAUUAUCGAAGUCCCACCUGCAACCAAUGGCCCGUCAUCUACAUCACCCGGAGACGCCAGCUCUGGAGGUCCUGGCUCCACUGGACCUAGCAGCCCUGCUACUCAGGGGCCCAGCGAUAGCGCUGCUCCAUCUAGUAGCACUGGCGGUACUGUACCAUCAUCCUCUGCUCCUGAAAUAUCUAGCCCCAGCCAGGCGACUACCGAUGAUACUGCUUCGAGCACUUCAGCUAGUGCACCAGCAAGUAGUUCAGCUACGCCCUCCAGUUCUGAUGCAGACACGAGCAGCCGUGCCGCCUCUGCUGCUUCUUCCUCCUCUUCUGCCCCUUCAAGUAGCAAUGCAGAGGCGAGUUCUCCUGCCAACCCCACCACCUCCAGCCCUGCUUCGUCAGCGGCUACCUCAGCCCCCGGUUCCUCCACAGAGUCUGCUCCCAGUUCCUCCACCAGCGCAGCGGCCGCCAAUUUUGAUCCUUGCCCAGACAGUCUCUACGGAAACCCCGAGUGUUGCUCCCUUGAUGUUCUUGGGGUUGCAGACGCUGAAUGCGACUCACCCACUGAAUCUCCUACCGAUGCCGCUGAUUUCCAAGCCAUCUGCGCCGCUAGUGGUAAACGAGCACGAUGCUGUGUCCUUCCGGUGCUUGGUCAAGCUCUUGUUUGUAUGACUCCCGUUGGCGUAUCGAACUAA